UCAUUGACUAUGACCGGUUACAGAGUGGAAGUUUUGUCAGGUCCGUUAUUGCAGCUCGGAGAGGCACCUCAUUGGGAUGUCGCGAGACAAAGUUUGUACUAUGUGUGUAUACUGAGCGGGUCGUUGCAUCGGUACGAUAUCCAGGAAAACAGGACCUACAGCGCCAGCAUUCCUGGAAUCACACACUCGUCCUUUAUCAUUCCGGUUAAAGAGCGACCAGAAGAAUUCGUGGUUGGCAGUCGGACUCGAAUAAUACUGGUGAAAUGGGACGGUGUUUCGGCAAGUGCGGCCGAACUUGAAACUCUCGAAGACUUGGGCGACACCGGCGAAGAACAGCAAUUCAACGAUGGCAAAGCGGACCCUCAAGGCCGACUGUAUGCUGGAACUAUGCUCAGUGAAACCGCACCGAAUCCAUCUGGGAUGGGCAACAGCAAAUUGUAUCGCUUUGAUGCAGAUACCGGGAAAUUAGUUGAACUCAAAAGUGGGGUCCAUGUUUCGAAUGGACUCGCCUGGCAUGGGACGACAAACAAGUUCUAUUACAUUGAUUCGUUUGCUUUCGAUAUCAAAGAGUACGACACCGAUGGCCAAGGCAAUAUAAGCAACGAACGUGUUCUUAUCAAGCUGAAGAGUGAUGAAUCGGCUACUGAAUUUAUUGCUGACGGAAUGACGAGCGAUACCGACGGCAAUCUGUAUGUUGCUGUGUUUGCUGCAUCGAUGGUACUGAAAGUCAAUCCAAUUACUGCAAUUGUGGAUCAGGAAAUCAUACUUCCGGUAGCACAGGUGACAUCGGUUGCCUUCGGCGGUCCAGAUCUUGAUAUUUUAUUUGUUACUACUGCCGCAAAUGAGCUGGCAGGGCCACAGUUGGAAAAUGCGGGUGCAGUAUUCAAAAUUACGGGGCUUGGUGUCAAGGGAAGACCAAUGAAUGAAGUUCAAUUGAAGUAGAGGAAUCGAAAGAUUAAGUUUAA